GUUAUGUCAUUUAUCAACCAUGGCUGCACCCGUCGCUCUUAUUCAAGGUGCGAGCAGAGGACUGGGCUUUGGAUUCUGCAAAUAUAUACUUAAAAAUAAAUCACUCGCUACUGUUGUAGCAACAUGUCGAAACCCGGACGGGGCUGCAGAAUUGCGGAGCCUGGCCGGCCAACACCCGGGCCGACUGAUGGUUCUCAGACUGGACGUGAACCACGAGGAGGACAUCCGCGGAGCUGCAGAGAGGGUUAAGGAGAGUUUCGGUCGGCUGGAUCUAGUCGUCAACUCCUCGGCAAUGCUUCACCCCUCGGGGAAAGGAGAGACCAGCUUGAGGGAUGUUUCUGCACAGGGUAUCAUUUCCACCUUAACGACUAAUACAGUGGGUCCCCUGGUCAUGGCCAAGUAUUUCUCCCCCCUCCUUCUUAAGGGCAGUGGUGGAUUUGGUCAGCAGCCUGCAGAGAAAGCCAAACAGCACAGCGGGAUCAUUGUUAACAUCACAGCGAAAGUGGGAUCAAUUGGAGACAAUGGUCUUGGAGGUUGGUACAGCUACAGAAUGUCUAAAGCAGCUCUUAACAUGGCCACUAGGAAUUUGUCUAUAGAGCUGGGCCGCAGUCGACCCAAGGUUGUUUGUGUGUCCCUACAUCCAGGAACAGUGAACACAGACCUCUCCAGACCUUAUCACCAGAAUGUGCCACAAGACAAGCUGUUCAGCGCUGAACACUCUGUGAACUGUCUAAUGAGCAUCGUUGACACACUAAAUAUAGAAAAGACUGGAAAAGCGUACAGCUGGGAUGGAACCGAACUCCCGUGGUAGAAUUUCUAAGAGAUGAAUUUCACCACUUCUCAAAUCAAAUCAAAUCACUUUUAUUGUCACAUCACAUGUGCA